CUCUCUGCCUGCGCCGGCCAUGAUGGCACCGGGCGGAAGGAGGGCUCCGGGUGACGUCACGGCAGGGCCGCCCCGCCCCGUUCCCUUGGAGACAGGCGGGCGCUUCCGGUUGGGCCUAGCCGAGGACGAGGCCUUUCAGCGCAUGGCCAGGUUCUGCUGACUUUCCUGCCUAGUUAUGUAGCUCUUUGAAUGAAGUUUUGUGUAACUUUCCAAAGACUGGCUCUGCUCCCUGAACUGCGGAAGCACCAUUGUUCCCCUGCCGGCACCAGGAGCUCCUGUUCUGCUGAACUGCGGUUGUUGCUGCCUUCCCCCUUUGACUGCCUUUUCCUUUCCUGGGAAAGACCCCAGACCCAUAACCCAGGUCCUGCGGAAAGAGAGAGGCUCCCGGGAGGGAAUGGCGGAGCCCCUGCAGAAGAAGCUCCAGGCCGAAGUGGAGAAGUACCAGCAGCUGCAGAAAGAUAUCAGCAAAUGCAUGUCAUCCCGGCAGAAGCUGGAGGCCCAGCUGACCGAGAACAACAUCGUGCAGGAGGAGCUGGGCUUCCUGGACGCCUCGAACUCCGUCUUCAAGCUGAUUGGGCCCGUCUUGGUGAAGCAGGACAUGGAGGAGGCAAAGGCCACGGUGGGGAAGAGGCUGGAGUACAUUGCGGGGGAGAUGUGAGUGAAACUGGGAAGGCA